AUGGAUGAAAAAUUAUGGAAAAGUGUAUCCCAGAAUUAUAUGCAAUUGCUCGAAGAUAAAGAUACAUGUGAUGUAUCUAUUGCUGUUGGUAGUGGAGAUGAUAUUAGAACUUUUAAAGUGCACUCGCUUAUUCUCCGUGCCCAAACACCUUAUUUCCACACCGCGCUUUCGGCUCAAUGGGAGAAAAGAAAGAAUGGGCAAAUAGUUUUGGAAAAGCCGAAUGUUUCUCCAACAAUAUUUAAUGAUAUUCUCUUAUAUAUGUAUUCAUCACAAAUAAAUUUAUCUGGAAAACCAAUUCAACAUAUUCUUGACAUAUUAUCGGCGGCCGACGAACUCAUCUUACCAGCACUCACGGAAUACGUACAGAAUUAUCUUACACAGAAUAAAGUAUCAUUGGUACAACAACACCCUGUAGAGGUUUUGAAAACACCAUUUCAAAAUGACGCGUGGAAAAAACUUCAAAAUUAUUGCAUAUCGACAAUUUGUGCUCAACCAUGGAUGUUGUUUGAGUCACCUCUCUUUUACCAUUUGGAUUCUUCAAUUCUUCUGGCAAUAUUACAAAAAGAUGAAUUACAAAUGGAAGAAGCUGACAUAUGGUAUCGAGUCAUAUUAUGGGGAACUAUGCAAGAUGAAUUGUUACCCGAUGAUGUUGCUGACUGGAAACAGCGAGAUUUUGAUAGCUUAGGCAGUGUCAUACAAAAAUUUUUACCGCACAUACGGUUCUUUCAAAUGUCAGCAGAAGAAUUCGAUUCAAAAGUAUCACCAUAUAGACCCAUUUUUCCUGAUGAUUUAUAUGAAGAUAUAUUGUGGAACUUUAUUAAACCUGAUCGCCCUAAAAAGAACCAAGUACUUCCGAAGCGACAUCAUCCUUACACCAGAGGUAAUAUAGUAAUAAGUUAUCGAACAGUGGAAGAUGGAAGUUGA